AUGUCUUGUGUGAGUAGUGAUCACAAGCAAGAACACAGAGCACCAACAAGAACACAGAGCACCAACAAGAACACAGAGCACCAACAAGAACACAGAGCACCAACAAGAACACAGAGCACCAACAAGAACACAGAGCACCAACAAGAACACAGAGCACCAACAAGAACACAGAGCACCAACAAGAACACAGAGCACCAACAAGAACAUGGAGCACCAACAAGAACACAGAGCACCAACAAGAACACAGAGCACCAACAAGAACAUGGAGCACCAACAAGAACACAGAGCACCAACAAGAACAUGGAGCACCAACAAGAACACAGAGCACCAACAAGAACACGGAGCACCAACAAGAACACAGAGCACCAACAAGAACACAGAGCACUAACAAGAACACAGAGCACCAACAUGAAACACAGAGCACCAACAAGAGCACCAACAAGAACACAGAGCACCAACAAGAACACAGAGCACCAACAAAGAACACAGAGCACCAACAAGAACACAGAGCACCAACAUGACACAGAGCAUGAACACAGAGCACCAACAAGAACACAGAGCACCAACAAGAACACAGAGCACCAACAAGAACACAGAGCACCAACAUGA